UUCUCAAACUACAACUAAAGAUGCCAAAGGCACUAAUAGCUACAAGAAUGCAUCCUUAUUUGUGAAGUUGAUCCAAUGGGGAAAUUGGGAAGGUGUCCCAUCUAUGGAAAGUUAGACAGCUCUGCAUGGGUUCCUGAUUCUUGCAUCUUAGACCAAUAAUUUGAUUCUCUGUCAACAUAAAAGAAAAUUCCAAAUGACCCCAUUAUUAUUUAUCAAUGGGAACCCCAAUCAAAGGGUCCCAGAAGGUGCUGGCUUUGUGUCUGUGGUCGCUGGUAAAUGCAGAUUAUUCACUAAAAAACUGUCAAAACUCAAAGAUCAAUGGGUUUGUGUUUAGGGUUUGCAGGUUCUCUAUUCAGUAGUUUCAAGUACAAUAGUUAUGGGAAAGGCAUCUUGUAUUCCCCUCAACUGUAACUUCCAUUUGCACCAUUUCAGAUCCUUUUACCUUCCCCCUAUGUCGAAUAACCGAAAGAUAUUGAUCAACUACCACUUGAUCCCUACUGCUAAGGUUAAGAUAUCGAAUCCGGUUUUGUUUUGGUAGACGCGAGAAUCAACUUCGAACAGUAUAUUAUAGUCGAUCGACCUCUAGAUAUGGGAGAAGCAAUUUAAAAAAGGAAAGUUGAAAUGUGGAUGAGGAAUAAGUGACCGAAAAACUACAUGUCCCCACUCUUUACUUAAAGUAAAUCUAAAAUGGUGGCCUUCCAAAUAGUGGAAGUGGCACCAUAUGUAGUAGACAACACCCCACUUCAGGAACUAACCUCUUUUACUUGGUUCAACUUCUAGCUAAAGUUUCAUGGUGGGUUCUUUCUUAGUUUAUAGUUUGAGGAGAACAAAAUAGCACAUAAAGAAAACAAAAGAAGGUAUGUGAUUUCUGGAUCAUCACCACUUCCAGACACAUCAAUGACAUCUUUCAGAAGACGGGUUUUCGACAGAAUUCAUGCUGCUGUAAGUUCAUGGGAAAAGAAUCACUCACCUUGCAGGCGGAAAGGUCAACACAGGGAUGUUGAACAAGAAGAACUCCAGUGCACAUACACCAAUUGUCUGUCUUCAUACUAUAGCGUCUUUGUAGCUCGGCUUGCCAUCAUGGUAAUGUUGGCAAUUCUUAUAGGUCUGCUAACACUUCUCACCUGGCAUUUCACUAAAGUGUACACGAGAACAUCGUUAAAUGCUUUAGCGUAUGGCCUUCGGUAUGAACUCUUGCAGCGUCCAGUAUUACGCAUGUGGGGCAUCUUGAAUUCGACUGUUGAAAUAACAACAGCUCAAGUUAAGCUCUCUGAGUAUGUGAUCAGAAAAUACAGCAAACCUGAAAACCAAGCACAGCAAGUUGAGCUAUAUGAAGUUAUGAGGGAUGUCACAUGGGCGCUAUUCGCAAGUCACAAAGCUCUCAAUUCGAUAACAAUAAAGUAUAAGAACGGCUUUGUUCAGGCCUUCCAUAGAGAUCCUAGAGAUAAUAGUACAUAUUACAUAUACUCUGAUCUUACCAAUUACACAAUGACUGGACCUUAUGAUGUCAACUUAUCAUCAUCAUCUCAUCAAGGAUGGAAUGAUCAAACGAUUCAUAGUAACAUAUCAGCAAUCUGGUAUCGAGAGCCACUGAAUCCCGACACCGGUGAAAAGAUUGGAAAACAAAAGGCAAUUCCUCCGGAUGAAUUAAUCAAUAUAGCAGGGAUUUCUCAGGUACCAUACGGUGCAGCUUCAUGGCAUGUAGCUGUGAGCAAGUUUACACAUUCGCCUUUGCUUUCUGCAGCGAUGCCAGUUCGGGAUGUAUCUCAAGGAAGUAUAGUGGCGGUUGUGGGCGUGACCACCGCCCUUUAUAGUGUAGGCCAGCUUAUGAAGGAACUCGUUGGGUUUCACAGUGGACAUAUUUACUUGACUUCCCAAGAGGGUUGGUUGCUAGCCACUUCUUCAACUACUCCAUUGUUGAGGAAUUCAUCAACAGGGCCAAAGCUCAUGAUGGCUGUAGACUCUCAAGAUCAGGUCAUACAAACUGGAGCUAAGUGGCUGCUCAAAGCGUAUGGGAACAAAACCCCCCCAAACCAUGAGGUUCACAUAGAGAAUGCGAAGCUAGGCAACCAGCUCUAUUACAUUGAUUCGUUUUUCCUGAACCUAAAAAGGCUUCCUAUGGUGGGAGUUCUCAUUAUUCCAAGGAAAUACAUAAUGGGGAAGGUGGAUGAGAGAGCCUUUAAGACGUUGAUGAUACUGAUAUCUGCAUCUGUAUGUAUACUAGUUAUAGGAUGUGUUUGCAUUUUCGUGUUAACAAAUGGAGUGUCAAAGGAAAUGAAGCUACGGGCGGAACUAAUUAGCCAUUUGGAUGCACGAAGGAAGGCAGAGGCAUCCAGCAACUACAAGAGCCAAUUUUUAGCAAACAUGAGUCAUGAACUGAGAACACCAAUGGCGGCAGUCAUAGGAUUGCUGGACAUUCUUAUGUCUGACGAAUGUCUCACCAAUGAGCAAUAUGCAACAAUCAGCCAAAUUCGUAGAUGCUCAACAGCUCUCCUUCGGCUUCUCAACAAUAUUUUGGAUAUUAGCAAGGUUGAAUCAGGAAAACUGGUGCUGGAAGAAGCAGAGUUUGACAUGGGGCGAGAACUUGAAGGACUAGUCGAUAUGUUCUCUGUCCAGUGCAAAAACCACAAUGUCGAAACAGUCAUAGAUCUCUCUGAUGACAUGCCGAAAGUAGUUCAAGGGGACUCCGCUAGAGUUGUUCAGAUUUUUGCUAAUCUAAUCAGCAAUUCUAUCAAAUUUACGACAUCAGGAUACAUUAUUCUGCGGGGAUGGUGUGAAGAUCCACGUUCUUUUAUUGAUGAUGAGAAUUUUCCCCUCGAUCGGAAAGCUCCAUGGUCUGCACCCAAGAAUAAACUGAUAAGACAGGGAAGCCAAGAGAAAAGAUCCUGCAAGGACAACAAAGUGAUUCUUUGGUUUGAAGUUGAUGAUACUGGCUGUGGCAUCGAUCCAAGCAAAUGGGAAUCAGUAUUCGAAAGCUUUGAACAAGCUGACCCAUCAACAACUAGACUGCAUGGUGGAACUGGUCUUGGACUAUGCAUCGUUAGAACCCUGGUUAACAAGAUGGGUGGGCAAAUAAGAGUUGUCAAGAAGAAUGGACCAGGGACUCUAAUGCAACUUUAUCUGCUACUCGGUACACCUGUAGAUAUACCACAAGACAACUACAAGUUAAAGUAUGCAGAUCAUAACUUGAAGGUAGUUCUUGCACUAAAUGGAAGUAUGGGUAGAGUGAUUUUGUCCCGGUGGCUAUUUAAAAUUGGAGUGCCCACAUGGGACGCAUCCGAAUGGAAUGAACUGACACACAUACUUCAGGAGCUCUUUAUACCUACACGUUAUGCCCAAAACUUGACGUAUGAAUGUUUAAAGGUUGAAUCAAUUAGCAAGCAAGAGAUGGAGGCCUCGGUUUUCAUCGUAGUCAUUGAUAUUGGACUACUCAAUAUAAGCACGGAUAUAUGGAAGGAACAGCUCAAUUUCCUAGAUAAAUUUAAUAGGAGAGCAAAGUUUGCAUGGGUUCUAAACCAUGAUACCUCUAAUACCAUCAAAAUGGAGCUUCAUAACCGAGGACAUCUGUUGAUGGUAAAUGAACCAUUAUACAGGGCAAAAAUGAUUCAGAUAAUGGAAGCUGCCAUAAAAGAAAGUUGUCUUGAGCAGCAGAGGAAAAUGAUUUCUCUGAGACAUGCUAUUGUUGGAGGAGAAGCACAUGAAUGUCUUGAAAUUGAUCCUAUACAUUCAGAUUUGGAGAGUUCAAACGGCUCUGAAAAGUCAGAAAUCAAUUCAUCAGGCAAUUUUCAGGUUGAAGGAACACAACGCGUACUUUCUUCUUCACGAUAUGGAACUGUAAACGACUGCUUUCUUGAGCUAACUGAAGUCUGUUCAGAGCGGAAGAAGUUGGACAUGAACGAGACAUUUCCAGUGGCUGUCUCUUCAAGCCAUAACUCAAAUUCUGUGGAACUGAUGAAUGGUGGUGGUUCUCAAGAGAAAGGUUUUCAAUAUGCAGCGAAGGCCAUGAAUGGACAGAAGUCUCUUGAAGGCGUACGCAUUUUGCUGGCAGAAGAUACACCAAUACUCCAGAGAGUGGCAACUAUAAUGCUCGAAAAGAUGGGCGCUACAGUUGUGGUUGUAGGAGAUGGGCUGCAGGCAGUUGGAGCUCUACAGGUUCUGCAUGAGGCAGAUAAAUGUAAGGAAUCACCUUUGGAAGGUGGCACGACAACUCAAACAAAAAUACGUGACCCUCCACCGUAUGACUUGAUACUCAUGGACUGUCAGAUGCCAAAGAUGGAUGGUUAUGAAGCGACUAAAGCAAUUCGAAGAGCAGAAAUGGGAACGGAGUUGCAUAUUCCCAUUGUUGCAUUGACAGCCCAUGCCAUGUCAUCAGAUGAAGCCAAAUGCUUAGAGGUGGGCAUGGAUGCAUAUCUAACAAAACCGAUAGACUGCAAGCUUAUGGCUUCCACCAUUUUGUCGUUAACUAAGUUACAACCUAAUUCUCACAUAAUAAGCAGCAGAAAACAAUCUACUACUUGACAACUUAAAAGCAAUAACAGUUGUAUUGUAUCAAGGUAUAGCAGAAACAGUAGCAUACAGGAGCAGAGUUUUGACAUAACCAAUAUCAUAAAU